GACCGCCGAUAGUGCCAUCCCUCACAGAAAUCUCAAUCCCAAAACAAGUGCGAGCUAUUUUAAUAAAAAACAUUAACGAAAGCAAACGGCGACACGAGACUGAAUUAAAUAGUCAUUUUUUUAAAGAGAAAUCUUAAUUGUAGUGCGUGUUAAAUAUUUAUUAACUUUUUAAUUGCGACAUCCGUGCGACAUUUCUCACACACUCUCACUCUCAUACAUACACACGCACACCGAGCUGAUGUUCUGAUUUUAUGCAAGACAAGCGCUAAAAUAAGAAUAUCUGAAAUAUCUCUCCGAAUAUCAAAAAUAUAAUGCCAAAGAAAGGCGAACGACGGGCGAAUAAAGAGCAUCUGUAAGCUACAGAAAGGGACAGGACGAAAACGGAAAGGGAAACGGCGCAACGGCGAGGGAAAAGGAGGAGGGAGGAGCCAAACGAAAACAAAAACGGGAGCACUGCCGCCUGUCGCAGCGGAAAAUAGUAAAAAUAUCAAAAGAAAAUAAGAGGAAAAUUCGCAACGACAUCUGACGUGCAGCGUCAAGUGUUUUCUUCCCCUCUGACGCUUGUCCAACAGCCUUGCAUGCGUCUCGCUUGAAUACCAUUGACAGAGCUGAUAUCGAAAGGCCAGGAGACCCCAAUCCCAAUAGUUGACAGCUUUUCCCAUGGACGACGAACUGGAAGAUAGGGUGUUCUAUCAGACAUACGUAUCGCACAUGAAAAUCCUGUCCAAAUUUGCGGUGGGCUUCUCGUCCAUCAACUCGCCGCUGGCCUACAUAUGGAAGCUAUGUCGGCUCUACGUCCUCCGGCCGGAGGUGAUCUUCUGUGGAAUGAUCCUCUUCGUUCUAUUGCUCUACUUGCAAGCGGUAGAUGUGUGGAGUCGCAGCAUCCUGGGUCGCAUCCAGGCCACGUUGGGCCGCCAGAAGGCGGUUAAGAUGAUGGAGAUGUCGGCCAGUGCCGGAGAUCACCAGAGCUGGGAGGAGCUGAAGCAACAGAGCUCGGCUUUUGCGGUUCUAGGACGCAGACCACGCAUGGAGGAUAGGUUCAUCAUCGAGGAGAACAUCAACAACAACACCGGCAUCUCAUUCUUUGCCGUUUUCGACGGACAUGGCGGAGAGUUCGCCGCCGACUUCGCCAAGGAUGUGCUGGUGAAGAACAUCUACAACAAGAUCAUUGACAUGACAAAGCUGUUGAAGAGCGAUGGAGGAUUCGGUGAUUACGACAAGAGUCCUUACUUGUCGCGCAAACAGAGCCGCAAGGACUCCAACAAGGAGAACGCAGAGCCCGCGGCAGGAGUUGCCCGGAAAGAUAGCUUGAGGAAGGCCCACAGCACCACCGCGGACUGUAGUGCCAUCAAACAGAAGACCACAGAAGCUUCGAUUGCUGACAUCUACACAGCUCAGCUGAACACAGCGAUGAGAAUAAGCGGAAAUGUUGGUGCCGCCAAAGACACCUUUUUAAACAACAACAACAAUGCCCAGAACGGAGCAGCAAAUGCACCGCCUCCGAAUUUGGAGGCCAAGUGCUAUAUCGAGAACGGACGCAUCAACUUUGGUAAACUUAUCACAGACGAGAUUAUGUCGGCCGAUUACAAGCUGGUGGAACAGGCCAAAAGGGCGACCAAUAUUGCCGGAACUACGGCUCUGAUAGCCAUUGUCCAGGGGUCCAAGCUGAUUGUAGCCAACGUGGGCGAUUCCCGGGGCGUAAUGUACGAUUCCCGGGGCAUUGCCAUUCCGCUCUCGUUCGAUCACAAGCCCCAGCAGGUGCGCGAACGGAAGCGAAUCCACGACGCUGGCGGAUUCAUUGCUUUCCGGGGCGUUUGGCGCGUGGCCGGGGUUCUGGCCACGUCACGUGCUCUCGGCGAUUAUCCGCUAAAAGAUAAGAAUCUAGUGAUUGCAACGCCCGACAUAUUGACCUUCGAGUUGAACGAUCACAAGCCACGUUUUUUGAUUCUGGCUUCUGAUGGCCUGUGGGAUACGUUCAGCAACGAGGAGGCCUGCACCUUCACCCAGGAGCACUUGAACGAGUCCGAUUUUGGGGCCAAGUCCCUGGCAAUGGAGUCCUACAAGCGGGGCUCCGUUGACAACAUCACAGUUCUGGUGAUUGUCUUCAAGAACGAUGUCUACAAGAUUGGCAGUAGUUCGGCUGUCAAGGCGGCUGAGGAGGCCCUCAAAGUCCCAGCCAAGUCACAGAACGUUGCCGCAGCCGUCGUGCAACGAUCGAACUCGAUCAAAACCAAAUGAAAUCAACCCACUAGAGUGCCUGCUAGGAAAUGCUAUUUAGCUUUGCCCUUACACUUUUUCUCCCUCCUCCAAGAACGACAAAGUGCCCAAAAUUUCUAGUUAGGUGUUUUCAAAAAAAAAAAAAUUAUUUGUUUUUCGCGUUUGUGUUACUUAUUAUCGCCAGAGCCAUCCCCAUCCAUUCAUAUACAUCACAGUCUUGGCCUUGCGAGGUCAUCAUUUGUCUCUGGGUACUUCCUCUCGAUUAUAUCUAAGGUUGUGGGGUAGCCCAUGUUAGCCGCAUACUUAACCAUACCAUAAAACCAUACCUACUUGGACCACGAAUCAUCAUCAAUCGCAUCUAUUUAUUUAAUUUAUUUGUUAUACUUGUAAAAUAGUUUUAUUUUAUAAAUUAUCUAAAGGUGUUUACAAAUAAAAAAGAGAAAUCGAACUAAAUGCGACUGCUUCGAGUUGCAAAAAUUUAAAA